AUGUCGAGCGCGAAGGAGAUCAGCUUGUCGGUGGAGGAGACCAACAAACUGCGGAUUAAGCUGGGACUCCAGCCUCUCAAGAUUGAUGAAACACAUCAGGCUGAUGAGGGAUCUGCUGCAGACGUGGAUAAGCAGGCGGCGGCUCCCUCGGAGUACCAAGCCUUGACAGAGGCCGAGCGCGAGGCGCAGCGCCGGCAGGCUGCGCAGAACUUGCGCGACCGGACGGAGGAGAGGAAGCGGAAAGCGAUUCACGCUGCCAUGACGGGGGGUCCGGCACUCGGCGAACAAGACGACGACCUGGACGACCCUGCGGCCUGGGUGGCGCGCAUGCGCAAACAGGAGAAAGAAAAACAAGUCUUGGCUUCACAAGCGAGAGCGGACGCGGCACACUACGACGACGACAGCGACGAGGAGACUUCGGUGCCUUCCGGCGGAGGCGCUUUGCGCGCGCAGGGGGAAGACUCGAUUCCGCCUGCGAAGCGGCACAAAGGCACACCGUCUGAGGACGCGGAGGCCGGUGUCAAGGUGCUGCACGACUUGAAGGACUUCGAGGAGGGCGAGACGGUCGUCCUGACGCUCAAAGAUACGCAGAUUUUGACUUCGGAUGGCCGUUUGAACGAAGAGGUCGACGCACUUGAGAACAUCAGCUUGGUUGAGAAGCGGAAGCUGCAGAAAAAGCUGCGGGACAAGGAGAAGAAGACGCUCUACGACCCCACGGAGGACUGGGAAGCGGGCGAGGACGGCGCGCCUCAGAAGAAGGAGAUCCUCGCGCACUACGACGAGUGGGAGCGAGAGAAUCUGGCGGCUCAGGGCAAAGGAUCGCUGCCCGAAGACGACAAAGGCUUCAUCCUCCCCAGCGUCCACGGCAGCGACGCGGACGCGCCGGUUGAAGUCCAGAUCGAACUCCUUCGCGAGCGCCAGAAACUCGUCGAGCGCGAAAAGCGAAAACUCCUCGGGCUCUCCGCGUUCGCCUCCUACCACAGAGAUGACGUCGAGCUGACGGGCGCGCACCUGAAUCGGCAGAAAUACGACGCGUCCGGCGCGUCCUCCGUCGUCCUCACUGGCGAGCGCGAAGCGGCCACGGGCGCCGAGGAAUUCGCCUUUCGAAAACUGAAAAAAAAGAAAAAAAUCCAGAAAAAAAAACAAGGCGCAGAGUUCUGGAAGGAACUCCUCGGAUCCAAACCCCAAGACGAGGAAGAAGGCGAAGCUCAAGACCAAGACGAAGACGAUGAAAUCAGACCCGUCCCGGUCAAAACGAAAAAGACAGAUCGCCACCACGGCUCGCGAGCAGAAAAAAGGGACAGAGACAGCAAGAGAUCUGACACUCAGAAGCAGCACGUGCGAGAGGCGCUAGCUGCGGCUGCCAGUGCUGGAAAAAACUUAAGCCCCGCGCCGUCGUCGUACCGUAGGGCUCGCGAAGAGACGAACCACGACGCAAAGAACGCCGAGCUCGACGUGGAAGGAUCCGAUGACCUCGUAGACGUCGGCGCUGUUGACAGAGAGCUUCAGGAGAGCCUCGAAAAGCAGCGACGCCUGGCGCUCACGAAGCUCUGCGAGCAACGGGAAGACAGCGAGAAGGACGGAACAGAGGAGGACAGGAAGAAGCCGCAGGCGAGACUUUUGAAUCUUCUGCGCAGACAGGCCGGUCACAAAGGCAACGUUGUUGAUGACGAGCUGCUGCCGAUGGACGUCUCGAAGACCGAGCCGAUGGCUUCUCGAUUCUCCAAGGCGGGCGGCGCCGGCGACCAGCCUGACGGCGACGAGGAGGAAGAUACGCGCGGCCUGCAGCUGACGACCACCACCGAGUUCUGCCGCGCGUUGCAAACGCCUCUGGAAAAAAUGGAGAACUUGAAACAAGAAGCUUACGUCGGCUCCAGAUUCAGCCGGCAGCACAAAUCGGCUCAGGUGAAGGAGGAGCGGGCUUCGAAGGCGAGCGACCGGGCGCGGAGAGACGAGGAAGAAGAUGACGAAGACGAGAAGGGCGCGCAGAGGGACGACAGCGGAAGUAAAGAGCGAGACGGCGCUUCAUCGUCCGAAGAGGAGGAUGAGGACGAGCUUGACACCGGCUUCAUGAACGAGAAUCCCAUGGGACAAGGCCUUGCGGAGGCGCUGAAAUAUUUGCAGAGCAAGAACCACUAUUCGCUUGACAAGAUGCGGCAGCGCAGACACCGCCCCGACGAGCUGCCGCUUCACAAGCCGCUGGGAGAGAAGGACAUCAAAAUAGAUCGGCGUGACCAGUUUGGCAACGUCAUGACGCCUAAGGACGCGUUCCGGCAGAUCUCGUGGCGGUUCCACGGCAAGUACCCGAGUCUGAGGAAGCAGGAGAAAAAGAUGAAAAAGAUGGACAUCGAGCGAAAGCUGCUUCAGAAUCCGAUGGAGGCGCUGCCGACUUUGAACGCACUCCAGAAGCUGCAGGAGACUGAGAAGGUGUCGCACCUCGUCCUCACUGGCGGCUCGUUGGACCAGUAG